AUGAAAACCUCAAUCUCUUCAGACGUGUGGGAGAAGAAGAAGGCGUUGAUCGCCAAGUUGUAUAUGGAGGAGGAGUGGCCUCUCAAGCAAGUCAUCAAGCAGAUUCGUUCCGACAACUUCAACCCUAGCGAAACCCAACUGCGAAGUCGGUUGAAGAAGUGGCGCGUGACUAAACCAUCUCGUCAAGCACGCAAGAAGACUCAGGAAUCCAUCGAAGAUGUAGACUCAGAAAAGGAUAUCAAGGCAUCUCCAUCAUCUCCUCGUCAUUAUAGACCAUCUCCAGUGGCAAGAGAGACAUCUAUCGCUCACUCAGACUGGUCAGCACACUCAGUCUAUGCUCCUCUUGAAUUGCAGUCACAACCAGAGCAUAAUCAACAUCAACAUCAUCAUCCAAAGUGGAACACCACACUUCCAAGCCAACAGUUGACUCCAAGCCCUCACAUGAGCACUAGACAUGGUGUACACACCUUCUCUCACUCUAACAUAUCAGGCUCACCAUCCUUUGAGCACUCCACUCACACAUCCCCCGUGAGCGAGGGUCUUCUCCUGAACACUACCGCUGCCCCAACUCCCACAUAUGGAGCUUACCCUCUUUCACCUAUCUCUGGAAUCCCCAGCCCUGGCUCAGGCUCAACCUCAGCGCCUGCAAUGGUUUCUACUAUGGCGCAACAGUGGCCUCAACGCGUCUCUGAAGUGGGUCUCAACCCUCCCAUGCACAGCCCAUGGUAUCAUAUGCCCUUCGAGCCUGCCACUCCUCCCGCAGGUGUCCCUCACUCUGCACCCCUGAUCCCACCAACUACCUACCGCGACCACAUGCCCAUGGGAGCACAUGCUCCAGCUCCGGGAGUCUACUCCCCCGCAUUCAAUCACUACGGCUCUGAAGCCCCAGAGUACCACCCUAAUUUCUGGAAGACAGCAGGCCAGUAUGAAUAUACUCGACCUGAGCCGUCCCGUAAGCACCUUCCAUAUCAAGGCCAUGGCCACAUCGUCUCAAUGCAAAAUACCCAGAUGGCACCACAGCCUAUAAUAUGUGCCCCUAUGGCUCCAUACAUGGGCUAA